UUCUUUUCCUCAGUAUGGGAUAGUUUUGGAUGCGGGAUCUUCCCACACGGCUAUGUUUGUCUACAAAUGGCCAUCCGACAAGGAGAACGAGACCGGGAUUGUCAGCCAGCACAGCGACUGCCACGUGAAGGGGGGAGGCAUCUCAAGCUACGCCGCGAACCCGCCGGCCGCUGGGCAGAGCUUGGUUGCCUGCCUUGACCAGGCCUUGGAGGAUGUCCCAAAGGCAAGGCACGCCAUCACGCCCCUCUACCUGGGCGCCACGGCUGGCAUGCGGCUGCUGAAGUAAGUGUUGGUUGACUUCCAGACCCAACGGGGAGACCCCACUGCCUGGCCUCAGGGGGGGCGGAGUUUGGCCAUCCUGUCCCCUUCUCCAGCUUGUUAAGGUAGCGGUGGUCUCUUCGUCCCAUCCAUCCUUCACUUGGGGCAGAACCAAUCCCCCCCCC